AAAAAGUUUCGAUUGUUGUGCCUCUUGAUCAUUUAUUUUGAAUUUCUAACAUUAUUUCUAAAAUCGUACACAUUUCAUAAAAGCUACAAAUGCUACAUUUGUGGCUAGAAAUAAUAUUAUAAACUGGUCUACAUCUACUUCUGUCUUCUGCAGUACUUGCAGUACAAAAGCACAAAAAUGAUUCCCAACUAUGAUCAAUUUUGUGCGGAUUUAGAGAAACAAGAGCUAGAGGCACCAAAUGGCAUCCCAUCUCCAACUGUUUAUGCGCAGCUGCUAGCAAUAUAUCUUUAUCAAAAUGAUUUGUGUGAUGCAAAAUUUUUAUGGAAAAGAAUACCUCAGAAUGUGUCAACUAGCAAUCCAGAAAUAGCAGCAAUAUGGGCUAUUGGACAAAAACUAUGGAAGAAGGAUUUUCCUGGAACAUACCAAGCUUUGAAGGGAUAUAACUGGACAGAGCCUGUGGCACCCAUUAUAGAAGCACUUGAAGAGAAAGUUCGUGCCUCUGUCUUCAAUCUUAUUGGACGAUCAUACAGCUCAAUUUCUCUAGACACUGUUGUCCUCAUGACUGGGUUAAAUAAAGAUGCAGUACUUCAAAUUACAAGAGAUCUCAAGUGGACCUUAAAUGAGGAUGGAGUUACCCUACAACCAACACCAAAAUCCCUUCCAGCCCCACUGCAAACAUCAAGUGAAGAUCAACUGUUCAAACUUACCGACUUUGUAACAUUUUUAGAAAACUAAUAAAGGUAUGCUUAUUUUUAA